AAACAGCUUUACAUUAUGUUGAAGGUCAUCAAUCUGAGUUUCUUCUUUGGCGUAACAAGCAUAAAUCAACCUAUGAUAAAGCUAGUGAUUUCAAUCUUUUAAGGAACAUUGAACGCAAUGUGUCGCCUCACAAAUUGAUUUAUCCACCCACACAUCCACAUGGGAUGCAAUCUGGGAAUCUAUUUACAAAGAAGCAUUUGUCAAUCUUUACAGCGGAAAGCCUCAUGAGAAGGCAACUUUCUAUUUUUCUAACGUUGCCUCUGACCAUCGUGUGCUUGAAGAUCAGUAGCUUCGAAGUCCCCUCCCUACUCGUUCCCGGGGAUUCGGCCUAUCUGACCUGCCUGUACGAUAUGGGAGGGGAGAAGUUGUACUCUGUCAAGUGGUACAAGGAUGAGCAAGAAUUUUACAGGUUCUUUCCUUCGCUGAAUCCUCAGUAUAUGGCUUUCCACGCACCAGGAAUAUACGUCGAUCUUUCACGUUCGGGGCGGAGCACAGUAUAUUUGAGAAAUGUCACCCUGGAGACGGAGGGACGGUAUACUUGCCAAGUAUCAGCGGAUGAACCUUUCUUUGGCUGCGUGCAGGUGCAUCGAGAUAUUGCCGUUUACG